AUGGACAGCUGCACUGUUGUCAAAGCAGCCGCUCUGUGCUUCUCCAGACGCACCUAUGGCCAGUCCGCUGCCUUCAUCCCUCUCUCCAGAAUGAGACAGUGUCCCAUCCACACCGCGGUGCUGCCUCUAGCGCUGAGUGAGUCCUCCCAGUCUCCUCUCCUCUCCUCUCCUCUCCUCACACCGCUCCUGCCGCUCCACGCCGCGCGGCAGACCUUACCUUUCUUUCAUUGUGCAUACGUCACUGCGCGUCUACCGCCUCUGCGACACGGCACAGACGGAGCGGAGGAGAGGAAGGAGGGUUUUUCUGUGCGGUGCGCCUUCUGUUCUCCAGCAGAGCACCCGGCGCACGGAGUCCGAACAGGUUCUCUCUGA